AAAUAAUCGCCGAAGCCGCACGGACCAGCUCCCUGGACUUUGGUUUCAAGCAGCUACAAAAAGACAGACAGCAAACACCCUCGGUCUCAGAGGUUUUGUUGGCCAGGAGACAAGACACCGAGCUGCAUUGCUGUUUGGUUCCGAUAUUUGCCUAUUGUUUGCUCGGCAAUGGGACAAUAGUUUGUUUUACGGUGCUGGGGAAGAUGCCAUUCUAACAAGUAAACUCUGUGAUUUCUAGGUAUUUCCCAAGAGUGGCAUUGUCAAAAUCGCAAUAAUGGAUUCGUGGGAAUCUCUAGUGGCAGCCUUCUUCAUCUGGGUUAUUAUCCCUGUGGCCGUGGCUGGUUUGAGUCUGGCCGUGGCCUUAUUCUAUGCCCUUUCAAUCUCUCAAAAUACGACUGUGCCCAGACAUCGACCGAAACACGCUGCUGCCCAUCUUCUCAUUGUUCUGGGGAGCGGCGGCCAUACUGCUGAGAUGUUCUCCAUGCUGCGCCGGAUGGAACUGGAUCCAACGAUAUACACAUAUCGAACCUACAUUGUGAGUUCUGGCGACAAGUUCAGCGCGGCCAAGGCAGUGGAGUUCGAAAAUAAUCACCUAUACAAGCGCUGUCAGGGUCAUAACGGCGAGGGCCAGCCUACCGAGAACCACAAGCUAGCGGGAUCUUAUGGAAUUGUCACUGUGCCGCGCGCUCGCCGUGUUCACCAAUCUUUUCUUACAGCUCCGGCCUCGACGCUUCAGUGCUUCUGGCAGUGUCUUCUGGUCCUACGCGGAAUUCAUCGAGACCAGACCCCGUUACCCCCACAGACACGCUCGCCAUAUCCUGACCUGAUACUUACAAACGGACCUGCUACUGCUGUGUGUGUCAUUCUUGCGGCCAAACUGCUCCGUCUUUGGGUCUAUUGCUUUGGAAGCAAGCAGCAGCACAAAGACCUUGCCGGCGCAUAUCCCCUUCGUACUAUCUUUGUCGAGUCAUGGGCUCGCGUUACCACCUUAAGCCUCUCGGGGAAACUGUUACUACCGUUUGUUGACCGAUUUCUCGUGCAAUGGCCUGCCCUUGAAGGCAAACAGGCAUGGAAGGGCAUGAGAAAGACGGAAUACGUCGGGACUAUUGUGGAUUAAAGCACACACACAUGCCGACGGAAAUAGUUGCGAGGUCCAAUGUACAUAUCAUAAUAGUAUUAGAAAAUAUUUGUAGUGUUAUCAACACAUCCUAUCAACACAUCCUGUCGAAGACGAU